GGAUCACCCGGGCCCGCACAGAGCUCAGCAUUUCCGAGGGGUUGUUGUAGCCGGAGUAGUUUGAACCAUGGGGGAGCUGUUCCGCAGUGAGGAGAUGACGCUGGCGCAGCUCUUCCUUCAGUCGGAGGCAGCCUACUGCUGCGUCAGUGAACUGGGAGAGCUGGGCAUGGUCCAGUUCAGAGAUCUGAAUCCGGAUGUAAAUGUAUUCCAGCGCAAGUUUGUGAAUGAAGUGAGGAGAUGUGAGGAGAUGGACAGGAAACUACGAUUUGUGGAAAAGGAGAUUAGAAAAGCCAACAUUCCUACAGUGGACACAGGAGAGAAUCCAGAGGUUCCUUUUCCCCGGGACAUGAUUGACCUUGAGGCCACAUUUGAAAAGUUGGAGAAUGAGCUGAAGGAGAUUAACACAAACCAGGAGGCUCUGAAAAAGAACUUCCUGGAGCUAACCGAACUCAAGCACAUUCUGAGGCGGACACAGCAGUUUUUCGACGAGAUGGAGGACCCAAACCUGCUGGAGGAAUCUUCUGCUCUGAUGGAGGCCAGUGAGGGAGGCCGCGGAGCCCCUCUUAGGCUGGGGUUUGUGGCUGGUGUCAUAAGUCGAGAGAGGAUUCCCACCUUUGAGAGGAUGCUGUGGAGGGUGUGUCGGGGAAAUGUCUUUUUACGAAAAGCAGAGAUUGAGGACCCUCUAGAAGACCCCACCACGGGCGAUCAGGUCCAGAAAUCAGUGUUCAUCAUUUUUUUCCAAGGAGACCAGCUGAAGAACAGGGUGAAGAAGAUCUGUGAGGGGUUUCGUGCCUCGCUGUAUCCCUGUCCCGAAACCCCACAGGAGCGGAAGGAGAUGCUAGCUGGUGUUAACAGCCGCAUUGACGAUCUCCAGAUGGUCUUAAACCAAACUGAGGACCACCGGCAGAGAGUGUUGCAGGCAGCCUCUAAGACCAUGAGGGUUUGGUUCAUCAAAGUGCGAAAAAUGAAGGCCAUCUACCACACACUGAACCUGUGUAACAUUGAUGUGACCCAGAAAUGCCUCAUUGCUGAAGUCUGGUGUCCUGUCUCAGACCUGGACUCCAUUCAGUUUGCUCUUCGCAGGGGAACCGAGAGAAGUGGCUCAACAGUGCCCUCUAUCCUCAACAGGAUGCAAACCCAACAGACACCUCCAACCUUCAACAAAACCAAUAAAUUCACAUCUGGGUUCCAGAACAUUGUUGAUGCUUAUGGCAUUGGGAACUACAGAGAGAUUAAUCCAGCUCCCUACACCAUCAUCACCUUUCCCUUCCUGUUUGCGGUCAUGUUUGGAGACAUGGGGCAUGGACUGCUGAUGACCUGCUUCGCCCUGUACCUGGUCAUAAGGGAGAGUCGCCUUCUGGCACAGAAGAGUGACAAUGAGAUGUUCAACAUGGUGUUUGCGGGGCGCUACAUUAUUCUUCUCAUGGGAAUAUUCUCUGUUUACACUGGCAUCAUCUACAACGACUGCUUUUCCAAAUCUCUCGACAUGUUCGGCUCUGGCUGGAGUGUGCGGCCCAUGUUUGGCCCUAAGGGAGCAAACUGGUCGUCUGAAACACUGGAUUCAAACUCAGCACUGCAGUUGGAUCCAGCUAUACCAGGCGUGUUUAAUGGACCUUAUCCUCUGGGAAUUGAUCCGAUUUGGAACAUUGCCACCAACAAACUGACCUUCCUCAACUCGUUCAAGAUGAAGAUGUCUGUGAUCCUUGGUGUGAUUCACAUGAUCUUUGGAGUGUCUCUGAGCCUGUUCAACCACAUGUACUUUAAGAAACCCCUGAACAUUUUUCUGGGGUUUAUUCCAGAGAUAGUCUUCAUGUCCUCUCUCUUUGGCUACUUGGUUCUAUUAAUCUUCUACAAAUGGACCGCAUAUGAUGCCUACAACUCUAAAGACGCCCCCAGCCUUCUCAUCCACUUCAUCAACAUGUGUCUGUUCAACUACAAUGACCCUACCAACAAGCCUCUGUACCGGGGACAGAUGGGGAUCCAGGUGUUGUUGGUCCUGAUUGCCCUUGCAUGUGUCCCCUGUAUGCUGGUUGUUAAAACUAUGGUGCUUCGGCGACAGCACCUGUGGAAAAAGCACCUGUCCCAGAAGAGGGAAGAAACCCCUGCAGAGAAUCUAGAGCAGUCUUUAGAGCAAACAGGCGUGUCCUCAUCAUCCACCGGACUCCCCCAACAGGGCACGCAGAAGCUCGGAGGUGUGCGAGUGGGCAAUGGGCCCACGGAAGAUGAAGCUGGCAUCAUGGACCACGACCAGCUGUCCCAUCACUCAGACGAGGGGGACGAUCACACUGUGGAAGAGCCAUUUAAUUUUGGAGAUGUUGCGGUCCACAAUGCCAUUCACACCAUUGAGUACUGCCUGGGCUGCAUCUCCAACACAGCCUCCUAUCUGCGCCUCUGGGCUCUCAGCUUGGCUCAUGCACAGCUGUCUGAGGUCCUCUGGGGGAUGGUUAUGCGCCUGGGCUUGUCCUCGCGCAGUGGAGGGGGCUUUUUUGGCCUGUCAAUCAUCUUCUCAGCCUUUGCCACGCUCACAGUUGCCAUCCUUCUGGUCAUGGAAGGGCUAUCCGCCUUCCUGCACGCCCUACGUCUGCACUGGGUGGAGUUCCAGAAUAAGUUUUACUCAGGGCAAGGCUUUAAAUUUGUCCCAUUCUCAUUUGAGAGUAUCCUGGAGGGUCGCUUUGACGAGUAGGUACCCUAUAGUGCAGACCGAAGACCCUGCUAAAUGUGCAUGAACCUUCCUGAUGCCCUCUUCUGCCUCCUAGUGGUGAUUGUGGUGCUUGUUGUAACAUUGUGUACAAGUGACAACCUUCAACAGUGUUUCCUAUCAUUUAUUGUAGAUCAUCCAAAAUUUAUGCUGUGAACAAUUAAAAAACAAUUGAAAAAUCAAUUACAUUCGAUUAAUAUUCAUUAGAUAAUCAAAGGGACUAGCUAACUUUAAUAAUCCCAUUACCCAGAGCAGAGUCAGUGUUACAAUUAUCUGAAUGUUUUUACAAUUCAGUCAAUCAAUCAUUUUGUAAUUCCUUUUUUAUGUUAUUUUACCAAGAAAUCCCUUGUGAUCAGUCUCUUUUUCAAGGGAGAUCUGGAGACACAGGAUAUUAACUUAAACAUUAUUUAUUUGAUUUAAAUGUAUGUUGUCUUUCAUUUCGACAUAGGACAUUGAAAGGAAAUAGGAUAACGAAGUCUUCAUUAUAUUUUUAUUUAUCUAUUUAUUUAUUUAUUUAUUGGUUGUUAUUAUUUGCACAUAUCAAAUGUUCAAAAUUAAAAUCACCUGUCAAUUUAAUAGAAAUUGUAUUUGUAUAUGAAAUGAUGAAUACAAUAAAUAAAUACAAUCUAUGUGUGAAAUAUAGUGUGAUUGUGUCUAAAGAGAAGUAUGUAUG